AUGGCGAAGGUGAAGAAGCAAUCAAGGCGUCAGAAGCUCUCCAAAAAGUACAACAUCGAAAAGAAGGUCAGGGAGCAUCGUCGGAAGAUGCGUAAGGAAGCAAAGGCGAAGGGUGGACCCGUGAGGCGAAAGCUACGAAGAGACCCAGGAAUACCAAACUCGUGCCCGUUUAAGGGAGAAAUCGUCGCCAAUAUGCUUCGAAGGAAGAAAGAGAAGGAAGCACGGCUACUGCAGGAGCGAGAGGAGAAGCGGCAGCAGCAGGUGCUGAAGCAACAGCAACAAGAGAAGGCGGCAACAACAGCAGCCUUGCACGAUGAAGGACAGUCGAACGCAACGCAAGCGCAGAAAAUCGCACACCAGCUGGCAGCGACAAAUGUCUUUGAGGCAGCAGCAGCUGCCGAGGGUCCCUCGGAGGCAGACCUGGCGCUGCAGUCGAUUGCCGCCACACUCUCUCUUUGUGAUAGCGCCAAGCAGCAGCACGUUGCUGCACUGCAGCGGCAACAGCAGCAGCAGUUGAGGCAGCUACUCGCAGCUUCAGACAUCAUAAUACACGUUUUGGAUGCGAGGCUUCCUCUCGCAUUUCGCUGCGCAGGCCUGGAGAGAUGGGCUCACCGGGAGGGGAAGAAGGUGAUCUUGUUGCUGAACAAAAUAGACUUGUUGCCUGCUCCCGCAGUCGCUGCGUGGCUGCAGCAGCUGCGGCGCACAACUGUUUCUCCUGUACUGGCCUUUAAGUGCAGCAGCAGUGGUGGCAGCGGCUGCAGUCGUAUCGGCCGAUGGUGUGCAGCGGACCCUGUGCAUGCCCCAGAGAAACUAAAGAGGAGCAGCUCCCAGGCCUUGGGAGUGCAGCCGCUCAUGCGACUUCUCUCCUCAAUAGGUCACGCAGCGGCAAAGGUCUCCAGUGCUGGUGAUGGAGCCGCAGCAGAAACUGCAGCGGGAGGAGAGCCAGUGGCUCCUGAGGACGGCGACUCCAGCAAGGUGCUAUGCAGCAGCAGCAGCGGCAGCAGCGGCAGCAGCAGCAAGAUUAGCAGCAAGGCUUUUAUGACAGUGGGCGUUGUGGGCUAUCCGAAUGUUGGUAAAAGCUCCGUGGUAAAUGCUCUGACGCGGAGCGCUUCUGCUGGGGUUGCAGCGCUUCCAGGCAGCACUCGGCAGCUAAAGUUUAUCAAGCUCGAUAGCAAGACGCAGCUUAUAGACUCUCCUGGAGUCCUCUUUGCGCCUCCAGCCAGGGAGGAAGAUACUGCCAGAAUCCUACCCCACCCACAGUCCUUAGUAGUUUCCCAACAACAGCAAAAGGAGCAGCAGAGGCCAUUGGACGCAUCUGCAUCUUUGUUGCUGCAGUCACUCCUGCCCGUCCCACAGAUCCCCAAUCCAGAGGCAGUUGCUGAGGCACUAAUAUCUAUAUCAAGUGUGCCUACAUUGCAGCAGUUGUAUCAGCUCCCCAUCUUUACAAGUCCUAGGGAAGCUCUUCAGGGCCUUGCGAUGCGGCGAGGCAAGCUCUUGAAAGGAGGAGUUGCGGACUUAUGCGCGGCCGCUAAGAUGUUUCUACAAGAGUGGCAGGAAGGGAAAGUGCCUUAUUACUCUUUGCCAUCUGGAUUCAAAGAUUCUGGAGCUGUCCGGCUCGUAGGCGUAAAGAGCGACUCUGGAGAAUCGCUGGCUACACUACAAAAGGAGCUAGUGGAAAGGCAACUGGCCAGUCUAGGGGUAUCAUCAGCCGAAGGAGAGCUUUGCUGCCCAGAUUCAGAAGCAACGAAUGGGCCAGCACAGACGCUCCAGUCAGUGCAAGGCGAGAUGCGUCUUAUGUUCAGAGAUGUUCUCGCCACAAAGCGACAAAGGGAGCAAACGCGCACGGAGGCAGAGGCUCCUGAACGGAUGGAGCAUGUGACUCUGAGGCAGAAAAAGCGGAAGAUGGAAAAGAAACACCGUCGUGCAGAGACUGCAACGCUUGCUGCUGAAGUGAGCUGA